AUGCACAAUGCAGCGAGUGUGUCAGCCUCUCUGGGCUCCAUGGGACUGCUGCGUCUCCUCGGGGUGUCCUGGCCCUGGAGUGUGGUGGCGGGACUUGGGGUCUACUUGGGCACCAGCAAAUGGAAAUACUUCUAUAUAGCGGCGCGGACGUUCAAAAGAGACUUCACAGGUCUAUGCGUUCUCCUAAGAGUCAAACUGGCCAUGUGGCACUACAUGCGCGACGACAGCAACGUCCUCACCAUGUUUGCUCAGACGGUAAAACGCAACCCCAACAAGGUCGCGCUGAUCUACGAGGCCACGGGCGAAGCGUGGACGUUCACCCAGCUGGACCAGAUUUCCAACGGGGUGGCCAACUGGGCCAGAAGUCAGGGUUGGAUCACCGGAGACGUGGUGGCCCUCUUCAUGGAGAGUCGCCCAUUGCAGGUGGCACUCUGGCUGGGCUUUGCCAAAGUCGGCGUGGAAGCAGCGCUCAUCAACUUCAACCUUCGCGCGGAUUCGCUCAUUCACUGCAUCGGGGUGUCUCGCUCUCGGGCUAUUAUCUUUGGAGCUGAGCUUGCUGAUGCCAUUUCGGAAGUCAGCGCCUCCCUCAGUCAGUCCAUGAUGAGGUUUGUUACCGGAGACCUCGACACCAAUUACAAGAGCUAUCUGGGUGCCACGCCCUUGGAUCCAAUUUUAGCAUCCACGCCGAGGAAUUCCCCUUUACCUUGUAUUACGCACAAAGGCAUGAACGACUGUUUGUUUUACAUCUACACCUCUGGCACCACAGGACUACCCAAGGCUGCUAUUGUCGUGCACAGUAGGUACUACCGAAUCGCUGCUUUUGGCUACUACGCGUUUCGGAUGCGCCCAGAUGACAUCAUCUAUGACUGUCUUCCUCUCUAUCACUCAGCAGGUAACAUCAUGGGCGUCGGGCAAAGUCUGAUACAUGGCGUCACUGUUGUCGUCAAGAAGAAAUUCUCAGCGAGUCGCUUCUGGGAUGAUUGUAUCAAGUACAAUUGCACUGUUGUCCAGUACAUCGGCGAAAUCUGCCGCUACCUGCUGUCUCAACCGGUGCGACCGUCAGAAAAGGCCCACAAGGUUCGCCUGGCCGUCGGAAACGGUCUGCGUCCCAGCGUGUGGGAAGCUUUCACCGAGCGUUUCGGUGUGCCGCGAAUCGGAGAGUUCUACGGAGCGACCGAGUGCAACUGUAGCAUAGCCAAUUUGGACGGCAAGGUGGGGGCCUGUGGAUUUAACAGUCGCAUUCUACCCAAUAUUUACCCCAUCCGUCUGGUCAAAGUGCACGAGGACACCAUGGAGCUGGUCCGGGAUAGCCGAGGCCUCUGUGUGCCCUGUCAACCCGGUGAGCCGGGUCUCUUGGUGGGCCGCAUCAACCAAAAGGAUCCCCUGAGGCGAUUUGAUGGCUAUGUUAACCACGAAGCUACUAACAAGAAAAUAGCUCAAAAUGUCUUCAAGAAGAAUGACACAGCCUAUUUGUCAGGUGAUGUCUUGGUGAUGGAUGACUUAGGCUACAUGUAUUUCCGAGACCGCAGCGGCGACACUUUCCGCUGGCGGGGAGAGAACGUGUCCACCACAGAAGUGGAGGGCAUACUGAGCAACAUCUUAAACCAGACCGACGUGGCUGUGUACGGCGUGACUGUGCCAGGUGUUGAAGGGAAGGCAGGCAUGGCCGCAAUCGCCGACGCCAACGGCACUUUCGACUGCAAUGCCUUCCUCCAGAAAGUCCAGACCGCUUUACCGCCAUACGCUCGUCCGGUAUUCCUACGUUUAUCACCGACCGUCGAUACUACAGGUACCUUCAAAAUCCAGAAAACCAGGCUGCAGAGGGAAGGUUACGAUCCACGCUUUACAAGCGACCGGAUCUACUUCCUCAACGUGAAAGUGGGCCGCUACGUGGCCAUCAACGAUGAGCUCUUCGCGGCUAUAAUGGAGGCCCGAGUUCAUUUAUGA